GUAUUCCCACGCCACUGCUCACCACCCAAGCCAUCUAUCCUUGCCCUUGAGCAGUCGGGCUCAAGCUUGCUGCUUUCCAACCGAUCCAUCUCUCAUUUCCUAGGAAUAAUACCCCUCCGGUUCUUACCGCGUGAGUUGCAAGAAUCUUAAACCAACUACCAACAUGAAACCCCUCACCUACGCCUCCCUCCUCCUCGGCAUCUACGCAACGACCGCCCUCGCCGGCCUCCGCCCCGAUGCCACCCCCGAAGAAAUCGCCGCCGCCGAAGCCGAGUGCGGCUCCCUGGGCGUGAUGUGGGUCGCCCCAGAAGAUCUGCCCGAGGGCAUUACCUACGACGACGUCCGCCUGUGCGCGGGCCAUCCCCUCGGCCCAAAUGCAGGCCCGGGUCCGGGUCCUGGGAUUGGCUCUAGGCUCCGUGAGCUCUUGCCGGGCUGGAUGUUUUGAGAGGGACGGUGUCAGUUUCCAGACCUGGUUGCCUGCGGCGUAGUGUGCGAGCAGGCAGUGGGCAGUCGUUUGGAGUUGAGCUGGGUCUCUGGGAUUGCGGAGGGUGUUGUUUGAUGUUGAUUUUGGGACAGGCCUGAUCGAUAUGCGUCUGGCAUGGGGAUAGUAUUCACAUAUGACAUGGCUUAUAAUUUGGCGAUAAUGGCGUUCUAGCAUUUCUUAGAAUGUAGAUGC